AUGUCAGCAACAGAUCCCAUCUCUCCUCCGGGGGACCCUGCACCAGACGUCUUGGAUGGCCGUAUCUGGGUUGAUGGUUGCUGGGACUUCUUCCACCACGGCCAUGCCGGCGCAAUGCUGCAGGCCCGCCAGCUGGGCGACGAGCUAUACGUCGGCGUGCACUCGGACGAGUCCAUCCUGGAGAACAAGGGCCCCACCGUCAUGAACCUUCAGGAGAGACUCGCCGCCGUCGAUGCCUGCCGCUGGGUCACCCGCUCUGUUUCUCACGCCCCCUAUGUCACCCAGCUCGACUGGAUCACUCACUACGGCUGCCGAUACGUCGUGCAUGGAGACGACAUUACCUCUGACAGCAGCGGUGAGGACUGCUACCGCUUCGUCAAGGAGGCUGGCCGCUUCAAGGUCGUCAAGCGUACCCCCUCCAUCUCCACCACUGACCUAGUCGGCCGCAUGCUGCUCUGCACCCGCACCCACUUCAUCAGGUCAUUGCGCCGGACACUUGCCGGCAAUGACGGCCAUGGUAGCGACUCAGAGCGCAAGGCCGAAGGGGCCGCCAUGACGGAGCGGAUGAGACUGUAUGCCACGGAUGAGACGGCCAAGAAACCCGGUGCUAGCGUUUGGUUCUGGGAGACAAGCUCGCUGCAUGCUAAGACAGGGCAUGACGGUAUAGACGACAACGGGACUUUCACGCAAUUGUUUGAAGGACCCACGCCUAGGCCCGGCCAGAGGGUAGUAUACGUCGACGGCGGCUUUGAUCUGUUCUCGAGCGGCCACAUCGAGUUCCUGCGCCUGGUAGUCGAGGUCGAGCAGAAGAAGGCUGCCGGGAACGGGUGGAACAAGGACUACCCGCCUGUCUACGUUGUCGCAGGUGUCCACGAUGACGAGGUCAUCAAUCACUGGAAGGGCGUGAAUUACCCAAUCAUGAACAUCUACGAGCGAGGCCUCUGCGUGCUGCAGUGCCGGUACGUCAACUGUGUCAUCUUUGGGGCACCUUUCACGCCCACCAAGAACUACCUCACCUCCUGGUCCUGGGGAACCCCAGAUGCCGUCUACCACGGGCCCACUUCCUUCAUGCCUCUCACCUACGACCCAUACUCGGAGGCCAAGGGCCUCGGCCUCUACCAGGAGAUCGGCCAGCACAGCUUCCAGGAUGUCAACGCGGGCAACAUAGUGGACCGCAUCAUGAAGAGCCGCAAGCAGUACGAGGAGAGGCAGAGGAGAAAAGGCGAGAAGGCCGAUGUCGAGGCGGCUGCGAAGCUGAGGGAACAGCUGGAAGAGGAGCAGAGGAAGAAAGAGGCCCAAGCUUCUGCAUAG